UACUCUUCCAGCACCAUAUAUCACAACACCCAAUUAAUACAUCGAAUUAAAGCUCAACAUUUUAACCAAAAACUUUUUUGCGAGUUGUUGUUGCAUAUAUACAUAUAUAUAUAUCGAGAGAGAGCGCACAUUUUUCGCUCAUCGACAUCGAUAAGCUUGUGAAGACGGGGAUGGAUCGCGUAGCAAAAUUGGCAUCACAGAAGGCUGUGGUGAUCUUCAGCAAGAGUUCGUGCUGCAUGUGCCAUGCCAUCAAGAGACUCUUCUAUGAUCAAGGCGUGAGCCCGAUGAUUCACGAGCUCGAUGAGGAUCCAAGGGGGCGGGAAAUGGAGUUGGCGCUCAUGAGGCUCGGGUGCAACCCGGCUGUGCCGGCUGUGUUCGUUGGGGGCAAAUUUGUGGGAUCUGCUAACACUGUCAUGACCCUUCAACUCAAUGGCUCACUAAAGAAGAUGCUCAAAGAUGCUGGAGCUCUAUGGCUUUAGUUAGUUAAUUAACCACAAAGCCCUGAAAUAUUUUGCGUAAUAAAUGAGACCAAAUGAUGAUCAAUUAUACCGAAAUAUUAAAUCUCCCCCCCUCCUUAAUUUAGUACUGGCGGCACGAAUGUAUACCUUGUGUUGAAAUGUAUUAUCUAUGGAGUUUACCAUGAUUCUAUAAAGAGAGAGCUAUAUAUAACUAACAUUAACCAACAAA